ACUCGUGUGUAUGUGAUGCUGACUUCAGUUUUGAAAUUUCAGGAAACAUUUCAGACUUCCUCUUGAUACACCUACAGGAAGCAAAAAAAAAAAACAACCCCACUUCGUGUAAUUGUCUGUAAUAAGACAGAUGGGUUCUCAUGAGCCCAGUCACAUCUGCUGAUGUGUGAGCAUCGUGAAGGUUCAGGAUGAGGAGUUGGCUGCGAUCCGUCCAGAGGCUGACGUUGCUCUUUUGUUUGUGUUUUGAGCUACUUUUGCACUGUGGAGAAGCCCAAGUGCAAACAGAAAUACAGCCUGGUCCUCUCUACCGGGUGAUGGACUCCUACCUUUCCAUCUCCUGUGACGUGAGUGGCUUUGCCAAUGCCCAAGCUAAUAAAGAAUUUCAAUUCAGUUUUUUCAGUCUUCAGAAUCCAUCAUUUCCGAUUCAAAUCAUCAGCACACACGAUAAGGACUUCACGUACGCCAUGUAUGGACGACGGGUGAGGAGCAAAGAUAUCACUCUUGAAUACGUGUCUCCAAACUCAGUCAUCUUUAAGAUACAAAGGCUGCAGAAGAGUGAUGAAGGGGAAUAUGAGUGUUCUAUAGUCAACUCUGAAUCUGUUUAUUUUGGGGCCUACAGUGAUAAGACGACAGUGAAAGUGAUUGACAACUCCUUGAGAGUAUCAUCACCUGUCUCCACCACUCUGCGACACAAUGAAGGUGACGCCCUCACUUUAAAAUGCCAAGCCUCCAGCAACACCAUCCAACACACCCACCUGUCUCUUGCCUGGUAUCUCCAAAAAGAUGGUGAAGACAAUGCUCAGACUAUCAUUUCCCUGGACAGGGAUUUCUCAUUGAGACCUGGAGAUGGGUUUGAAGGGCGUUACCAAGCUGGACUCAUUGGAUUAGAUAAAAUAGGAGAAGCCACAUACAGGCUGACGAUCGCUCAACUGGAGCUGUCAGACCAAGGCAGGAUUUACUGUCAAGCUCAGGAGUGGAUCCAAGAUCCUGACCACUCCUGGUACGCUAUUGCAGACAAAACUGCAGAGGAAACGAAUGUCACAGCAAAAGCAGUGGCACAAGACGAGUCCUCCUUGGUGGUGACCAUCUCAGUGCAGAAAACAACUCUGCAGGAAGGGCAGGAAUUGUCCAUGUUAUGCAGCGUGGACUCAAAGAACCUGGUGGAGAAGUUCUUCACCGUAGCCUGGGUCAGAGGGAGUGUAGAACUAGCUCGCAUCGGUCCUACAGGAGUUCUGAGUGUGGGUCCAGAGUACAGCAGCCAAGAGCAACAAGGAGAUCUCAAGGUGGCUCGGAUCAGCAACAGAGAUUACCGUCUCAUUCUGGACCAUGUCAGAACCCUGGACCAGGGACAGUAUCUGUGUAGGGCUUGGACUCAGGAACGAGAUGUAGAUGGUGGUUUUACACCCAGAGCAGCCCAAUACUCUAAUGUUGAGCUGGUCAGCAUCUUGGCAGUAGAAAGUGGGCUCUCAGUCAAAAUGGAAAGAAAUGUAGUAGACGUUAACGAAGGUUCUAAGCUGCAGCUCACUUGCAAAGUUGAAGGAGCCAAAGGUCUGCUCUCUAUCUCCUGGCAACGAAAAUCCACAUCCAUUUCAGGGAGCGUCUUCACCGAUGUCAUCAGUCUGAAUCUGGGAGGUGUUAUGAGGGUAGCGGCAGGUUUUCAACAGCGCAGCAUCACAGCAACACGUCCAGCAUCUGACACCUUCACCUUAGAGAUGGAUGAGAUCACACAGUCUGAUUCAGGGGUCUAUCAGUGCACAGUGUCUGAGUGGAACAUGAAAAGCACCGGUGACAUUGAAAAGACCAUCAGCAAGUCUCAGAUUACCACGGUUGCAGUCACUCAAAUGGAGUCCUUUGUGAAAGUGACUCUAAUAAGUCGCACCAAUAUAGUGACUGUAGGGGACAACGUGGAGUUGAGGUGUCGGAUACGAGGGCUGAACAUGCCAAUGACACUGAUGUGGAGCCUGCAGCAUGAAAAUGCCUCAUCCCCAGAUAACAUUGUGACACUGUACCCUAACGGUGACAUCAGCUGGUCUGGAUAUUGCAACCGCUUCCAGCUGAAAGUGGAGAGUAAACACAAUGAAAUUGUGCAUGUUCUGCUUAUCAAUGGUGUAAGCCUCAGGGAGGCAGGACGCUACCAGUGUGGCGUGUCUGUCUUCCUUGAGAAAAGAUACAAGAAGCUUCCUCCUUCCUACCUGCUGGCUGUCAUGGUGAAAAACCCAGUGAGCAAGCUCGUCGUGGCGUCCACCCCCGCUAUGACAAAAAACAUCGGCACUGACAUUGAAAUAAAAUGCUCCGUUACCGCCGCAACUGCCACCUCCUCACGCUUUGCUGUCACCUGGCUGGUCCAGCGGCAAGCAGGCCGGGAAAUCGUUGUCAGCUCUGACCGUGACGGCAUUGUGACAUUCGGGCCCCAGGUUGAGCUGAGCCGUGGGCGCCGGAUCACCAUGAGGCGCAGUGAAGGUCCUAAUUUUGAGUUGUCUAUUCAGAAGUCUCGCAUCUCGGAUGACGGCUCAUAUAUAUGCGAGGUGGUAGAGUGGCUACAAGACCCUCAUGGUGAAUGGUAUCAGCUUGCACGGGUCUCCAGAACCACAGAGUUACAGAUAAUUGUGCCUGUUAAUGACUUCCAUUUAGAUAAAGCAAAUCAGCAGCUAGUUGUCAGCGAGGGAGACGAAGUUGAACUGGAGUCCAAACUCACGUCGUCACCCAGCCCGUUUCUGUUCUACGCAAUCACCUGGUUUUACAUUGGACCUGAAUCCACUGUCAUCAGAGUUCCUCUGGUGAAGGUUAAUCACACAGGCCUGAUGUGGUACCCAGAGAACAAGAAUCUCACAGGCUUGCAAGGGAGGCUUCGUCUCUCCAGGCCCACCCAUAGUACUUUCCAGCUCAGAAUUCAGCAAGCUCAUGAGGGGGACAGUGGAACCUACCAGUGCCAGGUGGAGCAGUACCAGCUGAAUGAUGAGGGCGACUGGGUGCACAAAGCCUCACAGGAUGCAGGUCCCAUUACACUGCGAGUAAAUAUUACAGAUUCAAAUCUUUCCAUGUCCAAAAAAGAUAUGGAGUUGAACGUCAGCAGAUCCGAGGGUUUCACCAUCCCCUGUCACAUUGCCGGACAAUCCAGUCAUGAAUCUUUUUUCCAGGUCACAUUCUUCCACCAGGAGAAAGAAUCUAAACCACGCCCCAUAUUCACAUCUUACCGAAACUCCACACUGCAAGACAAAUCUGGAAAGGGUGGUCGGCUAAGAUUUGCCCACCCUGUCCCAAACGAAUUUAGUCUGGCAGUGCUGAAUCCAGAUCCUGCAAAUCAGGAGCUGUAUUUCUGUGAGGCAGAAGAAUGGCUCUUCUCUCUCUCUCAUGGAUGGACGAAGGUGGCAACAGAAAAGUCUGGAUAUUUGACGGUCAGCGUCUAUGCUGAAGGGGAUUUUGAAAUGGCAAAGGAACCAGGCUGCAGCUCAGGCAUCUGUUACAUAAUUUUGGCAGUUGUUGUGGUAGUGCUGGCCAUAGUCAUACUGAUGGUGAAGAUGUGCAACACCUCCAGAGGCAAGAAGCAAAGAAAGGAUCUAUGGGCAUCAGAGCAACACCCUAUGAAUGACAAACCCAGUGUAGAAGAAUGAAACAGAGAAGCAAAAUGAGCAAUCAUGUUUUUAAUUUUUUUGUUUUUGGAAAACAUGCUCCAUGUUUUCAGUAAUAAUAACAACUCAUAACUAGUUCAUAUUUUUAAUACCCAAGGGUAAGUUUAUUACAAAGCUCAAGUUCAAAGUAGUUUUUUUUUUUUCAAAACACAAAUGAUUUACUGGUCAUGCAGAUGGGAUUUUUGUUUUAAAUGAUGAAGCCCAUUAAACUGGGAAACAAAACUUAAAGAGACAGUUUUCAUCUCGCUGCCAAAAUGCCUUUGCAUAAUCACUGCCUGCCGUGGACGGUUCAGCUGCACAGUUGCUGAACUUUGUGGGCUUACGUUCCAAAAUGACUGCACUCUGACUGACAGAUUCAGUUUUAUUCAACAUGAGCAGGAUUCAGAGUAUUGCGUGUGUGGAGGAGAAAUACAUGCAAAUGUGGUAAAGAGCUGAAACUUUCCUCUCUCGCUGUGCAGCGAUGAAUCAACCAGGAAGUGCUCUGCGGUUCCGCAGGGCCACAAAAUGUGGUCCCCAAUUCUGCUGAGAUAUGCUAUGAUCUGUGCGUCACAAUAGUCUCAAAGGUUACAUUUAUGCACUGGAAAGUUUUUUGUAAUGUCGGCACUUACUGUCGUUUUAGAUGAAGCAUUUGCAUUAUAGUGAAAUGUGAGCAGAGUUUGAAUUAUACAGUGACAAUCGGAGGUCUGUACCUAAUAUCAGUUAGCUAGUGUUAGCUUUUGCUAACAGUAUUAGUUAAACUGUAACUUAAGGUAGAAGUUAGAAACUAGCUAACAUAAGCAUUCAUCUGUAGACACUUGGCACAGUUUACGAAGUAAAGCCACAUAGAGACAAACAUGCACGCACACCUACGGUCAUUUUAGAGUCACCAGGUCACCCAACCUGGCUUUCUUUGAAACUGGGAAGAAGCCGGAGCACCUGGAGGGAACCCACGCAAACACAGGGAUCACGCAGAGGAUUGGAUCAGGUGGGACACAAUCCCUUGGCCUUCUUGCUGUGAGGCAACAGUGCUAACCAUGAAGCAAUCAUGCCACCCCGGCUUCUGACAUGGACGGUCGAAAGGGCAUUCUACCUACACAUCUGGGAAUUUGGGUAGUUCCCUCUUCGCCACCAGAGGGCUGCUUUUACUGUUAGAUACAAACAACAAGAGCCUGAUAGUGGUGUCACAAUGUCAUAGCAGCAUUUUGAUGAACUCCCACUGAAACCCAAGCCAAGUAUGAACAGAAACUUGAUAUUUGUAAUGUAGAUGUCUAUGUAGGUUCAGCGGCCACUGGAGGGCUUUCUCCCCUUUGCGUAUAUCUGCAGAUCAGCUGUUAGUGUAGACUUGGCUGGACGUCCACCGGAAAUGUUCCCAGAAUGUACCAGCUGUCAAGCUUCACUACCAUUCCUGUUUUAUCACAUUUCGCUACCUCUGACGCUCUGUGGACUGUUGUUUAUAUACUUCAAAAUGGCAGCGAUCUGAUAACGCCCACUGGUUUGUGGUUAACACCAUGUUACCGUGUGGGGCAGGUCAUUGGCAUAUAGACAGCUUAGACUUAAGUGAUCCGUUGCAGUGGGACCGAGGUAGACAGGCGAGUGGUCCAAAAACACAUUCCAAAAUGACAUGGUCCACUUUAAGUGUGUCUGAAGUCAAAUUAGACGGUUCUAUGUCAUGUUUUUGCCUCUCUUUUUUGGGGGGGGGGGGGGGUCACGUCUUAAUUAGUGGGGUCAGACAACUCCUCCCUAGUACUACCAUACCCUCUGUAAUUUGUGUAAGUACCUACAGUUAGAUGUACACCAGCAUUUCUCAAACUUUCAUUCAUGGGCCCCUUUGGAGAAACCAUAAUAAUAAGGAAAACUGUUAUUGAAAAAGUGCAUGGUUUAAUUAAAGAAGGUGUUUUUUCCCUGGAUACAGUAGUCUGAAGGGCAUGAAAGUCUUUGCUCCAGAGGUGUCAAAUCCAGCUUCAGAAAAUAAAAGUCCAGCCACAUAUUUGUUCCAUCUUCCCAAUAAACCAGCUGAUUGUAAUUAGUUCAGCUCAGCUUCAGGCAGGUGGAUGAGCUAAUUAUUGGGAUCACCUGUUUUAGGUGCACAGGUAGAAGCAACACAUGGGAGGGCUUUUACUUUCUGAAGCCGUAUUUGACACCUCUGGAUGCUAGUCUGUCACAGGUUGCUUCUCCAGCCAAGCCUUUGUUGUUCCAAUCAUGGUCUUUUUUGACAUUUCUCACGACCGCAGUAAUUGCCGCUGUCACUGGGGGCUGUGUCACUCCCUUUAUUUGCAAGAAAUGAAAGUCUGGUUGCAUUCGUUGGUGCCAUGUGUUGCUGCAACCACCAUUCUACAGAACUGCCCCUGGUCCUGGAUGGCAACCACUCAGACAGACAACCAGUGCAUCCCACCAUUUGAAAGUAACCAUCUAUGUGCCACAGCUGUGUGAAACAGGGUGAAAACAGACGAUACAACAAAUCACUGCUGCAAUAUUAAAGUUGUACGAGUAUAUAUAUCCUUUACAGUACAAGCUAGCUCUGACUCCUACUAAAGUGACGUAUGCAGACAGGUUAGGAAAAAAAGCUUUGACCCUACAGUACAGCCAUGCGGUGUGUUCCUCCGGACAUGAUCCCACAUCUUGAUGAUGAUCUCACAGCUGCCCCGGUGUUGAGAACCACAGUGACUGGAAAAAGGCGAGUGGGACAGUCACACUUGCAUAUGGCUACUUUCGUGAGAUGGGGACAGAAUGGUUGUCUUCUUGGGGUGGACCCAGGGCUCUCAGCCCCAACACAUGCUCCCAGACCUUCCAGGCUGCACUGUACGUGUAUUUGAUGGCAGUUACUGCAUUUGGACAGAUGUUACCAUUCAACAAAAGUGGAUGUAGGAGAGCAAAGCAAUCACAACUACAGAACAAUAGAGCACUCUUUGUCUUGUUCUGCAGUGCUCUUCCUGUCUCUCAGCCCUAUCAAUGUUUAACACCCCAUCUGUGAAAGGGAUUAGAAUAGAAUCCAUUUGGUCCUCUCACUUUUGAGGGAACAGGCCUGGACACUCGAUUAUUCCCCUACAGAGAAAGGCUUUUGUUAGUGGAGUGUAUACCAGUUUUGUACAUCCUGAGAUAAAACCAAUAGUGGGGAACUUUCGGGCUGAGUGUAGUCCUUUCAGCCCCUCGGAGAGACGUACUGCUGUCUUUAGUCUUGGAUUAUACCAGUCCUUCACACUCUGGUGGGCUGCCUCCUUCAGAAGAGAAUGCCGCCUCUUUUUAACUUUACUCUAAUUCCCUCCCUUGUGUUUCCAUGGCAAUGCCUGUCAGAGCAAACAAAGAAACAUUGAAUUUGGGACACAAAUCAAUGCUUGUGUCUAUGCAACAAAUACUAUAAAGCAAGAAUAUUCUAGAACUCGCCAACCGUGCAGAUUGCAUUAGUAAAUGAAUAAUGAAUUGCACAGGCUGAAUGUAUUUUUCAGUUUUCCAGAUAGGAGUGAAGAAACUGAAAUGUGAGCUUGAAUAUAUAUUUUUAAAAUGACUAAAAAUGGUGAAUUGAUUAUCAAAAUAGUUGUCAGUUAAUUUAGGCAAGAGUUAAUACUUGAUUAAUCACUGCAGCUGGAGUCACAAUAACAACCCACUUUAAAAUGUGCAGGUUAAUCAGACAACACGUCACAGGUUUUUGAUCAAGUCUGCAGUUUCCCUGCGGGCUGCAGGAGAGUCCACCAAUCUGUGGACCGAAUGUUCACGUCACUGCCAUAAGACAUCCUUUCAACCAGUCUUCCUCUAGGCCAUGUGUAAUCCGCCAUCAGCCGCAUCCUGCUUCAUCACCGAUUUAAGGUAUUCUCUUUUUUUUCUAGAUUAACUGCACAUUUUAGUCUCCUUUUAUUGUGACAACUCCAAGGUGCAUCUAUGCAAUAAUUUUGUUGUUUAAUCAGAAUCUUGAUGUGCCACAUCUGCCAGGUGCAUUGAAUUAUCUAGGCAAAGGCAAAAUGCUUACUAACAUAGAUUUUAACAAAUUUGUGAACAAAAACUGGAGAAAAUAAACCUUUGGUGCACAUCAAAGAAGUGCUCGAUCUUUUACUUGAACUCCUCAAAAAUGAAAAUGUAUUUAUGGUUUUGUUACUAUAAAUCUACUUACCGGGAAUCUCGAUAAGUUAGUGUUACAGAACAACAUAUUCCACUUUUGUCUGUCUUUUAUGGUCAUCCUUCUAAACAUUUGCUAGUUGCUUGUGUGGUUAUUGACUCCAGCCCAGCCGGCUCUAAUUUGCCUCAAUUUUGAUGUUUUGCAUUAUUGUUCAGUUAAUCUGAAUAACUGGCUCAUCCUGAAGUUGUUUUUUGUGAACUUUUGAUUAUCAAACUCUGUUUGUAUCCGCCAUGCUAGUGUGAGGAAACAUGCUGAUGUGUUAUUUUACUUACUUUUUCAAUGCACACUUUGUCCAAAGAUUAAAAUGAUAGAAAAACAGGAAUUGAUGGUUCACAAUUAUGAGAAGAGGUAACUAAUUCAGCAAACUUUGCAUUGGGUUCCCAGACACUUUUUUUUUUUCCCCCAUUGCAUUUAUUCAUUCCUCUAUUUUCAUUCACUGAGAGCCAUGGCACUGCAGCUGUUUAUGGAAAUAGGGCGGAACGCUGAACGGAAGCAGCAGCAGGACAUCACAUUGAACAGAAUGAAUCAAAAAUGAGCUGAAAGAGACGAAAUGCAUGUUGUCCCUUCAGGAAGUCGUGUCAAAUGUCCUGACUUGCAAAAUGACCACAUUGCACACCUGAAAAUUUGAAUAAAUGACCCAAACAAACAAGUUUUAACUGAGAACUUUAUGGCCCAAAUACAAACCCAACUUUUAUAAUCUUAUGACAUUUGAAAUAAAAAAAAAUGUAUAGAACACAAUGCUAAAGUACCCUCAGCCAUAUGAGCAUGUAAUCAGUGAAAGUGUGUAGAAAGAAUGACCUUUUGACCACUUAAAAUAGGUCAAGGUUAUUAUUUAUUAUCCCCAAUGGGGCAAUUUGUUGUGCAGCCAGCAGAGAGAACACAUCCAUACAUACAUAGACUUAAACAUAACGUGAUCUUAAAUAUAACAAGAAAACUCACCAAACUGUGGACAUAAUAAUACAACAUAAACCAAUAAGAAAAAACAAGUUAAAAAUACUCAUGAUGGUGCUUAAAAAAAACUAUUUACCGUGGGUAUAAAAGAAUUCUUGUACCUGUUGGUCUUACAUCUCUUGGACACAAAUCUAAACUUGAACUUCAAUACUUGAUCUUUUAACUUGUUAAAGGUCUGUGUCGCAAGAAUGUUCCCUGUGAGUUUGAAGACCCUGGCAGUAAUGGGACUAGAGUAAUGCUGAGCACGGACAGACAGGCGCAAAGUCUUCGCAAUACCCAUUGGCCAUAUUUUGGCCUUGGGUGAUGAAAACUGCUAGAGGGUUUGACACCCUACUCCCUGUACACACAAUUAUAUUAAUGUACAAGUAAAUAUACAUACAUAUGUCUGUAAUGGUGUUUUUGACUAUGUAUGACUUCGUCAUAUGACUUCUGAGCACGUGUCCAAAAUGUCCUAGCUGUAGUUCCCUCAGCAUGCAAGUGACACUCUGAGACUCCGUAAGUAACCUUUUAUUUGAUGCAAAGUCAUUCCACUGACACCCAAGGAUUGUCCAAAGAGACUAGUACCAAAGGCACCUAAUCAUCACCUUAGGUCACCGGUUCAUGUCCAAGACUCACAACCAUACAAUAAGUCAGGAAGCACCAGGCUUGAACUUUUGUUCUCCUGCAAAGAUCUCUGUGCAGUGACCUCAUGACUCAGUAAGCUCUUCCUAGAGGCGUCUCAAUCUCAAGGACUGAGGGCCCAGAGACACGAACAUCACUGCCAAGAUCAGAGAAUGUCUCUACAAGUUCGAGGCUUUGACCACUUAGAGACACACUUCUGACGGCCGAGUCCAGGGAGUCAUUGAAAGCCUGGAUCUUGAAUUAUUGUUUAAACAUUGUUAUGGGUUCUGCAGCACCUCCACUGCAUGGAGAUGUCUCAUACCUGUAGUACUACCCCUUAGGAUUCGAGUCUCAUAACUACAGUCACGUCCAACUGUGUUGGGACUCCACCUAAUUAACAGUGUCUGUUUUUUAUGUUAAAAAAUAUUACCUGCUUAAUGCUUUCGAUAAUUCAUAUGAUCUCAAGCAAAGGCUGAAAUAAACCUGUGAAGAGGAGUCGCCAUGUGUGCGUUUUCCAGCACAGUUACGAAUGCAAUUAGCCUUAAUCCACCUUCCUGAACAAGAGGAUGAUGUGUCCUGGCAGAAACAGGGAUAACAGGAGGCUGAGAGACACUCAAACCCAUCUGCAUGAAUUAUAAACUACUACUUCUUAAAUUUGAAAGUCUUCUUUGAAAGAAUUUUUUUGUGGUGGUUCUUCUCACCUCAGUUCUUUGAGUCUCUUUACUUAUAAGCUCGACUCCUCUCGGGCUGUCACCUCCUUGCCUUUGAUAUUUCUUUUUCUCACAAGUAGAGGACACACACCUGACAGAAUCACUUUCUGUUCCUCUCCUGUCUCCCUCUUUGCUUAAAAAAUAAUAAUAAUAAUUCUGGUGUUUGCUGUUACCCCACAAUGCAAUGAACAACACAGAACAGAUGGUGGACCUUGGACAGACAAACUUUUUUAUUAUUUUCAGUAUGUUCUCAACACUCCAGCUCAGACCUGCGAGCAUGCAUUGGUGCUAUGUGCUGCUGCACCACUGACCUGGAUGGCAACCACCCUGGAGGAUAACCAGCCCAUCCUCACCUCUCUGAAGUAGCCAUCUAUCUUCCAGCCAGGUGAAACAUGGGCUUCUCCUUGAUCUUCUCCAGCCGCCGGGUGUCCUCACACUGUGACACCUGUGUGCUGGAUCAUGCACAGAGAAAUGCACAGCAUGUCUAAAAUGUAAGUCAAUGCUAAGCCUCUGCCUCAGCUUUAUCUAAAUUUUGGGUCUGUUAGUGAAACUUAGGU